GGGUUCCACCACAGCCACAUCUCGGGGAUGAGCGGCGCGCGAGGACGAGAAGAAAAAAAGAGGAGAAGAAGAAGAAGAAGACAACAAGCAGCAGCAGCAGCAGCAGCAGCGGAGGGUGAGGUCUGCCCGGCUCAGUCAGCACAGACAGAAACACAAAAAACAGCCACACAGAGGAUUUUUUUGUGUGUGUGUUGUUCUUCCUGUCAUGAAGUGAGGAGCCCGGCGGCUCUGAGAGGACGCGUCCGCUCGACGGUGCUGCUGUUUCGGCUGAGGAAGAGAAGAAGACACGUCGGUGAUCCAGCGGAGAGAUGGAGAGCCAGCGCUGACGGAGCCCCCCGAGCCCCCCUCUCCUGAGAACAACAGGUUCUUAUCCGCUGAGCCCAACUUCCACUCCAAAAUCUUUAAGCAACCGUCAAAGAGCUGGAGCCGAGACGAUCAAGCAUGGAUGUGCCCAGGAUGGCUGAGGGCCUCUUCAGCAGCACGCUGUCCUCGUCGGGCGGCGGCCAUCACGUGCCUUCGUAUCUGACGUUGGAGCAGAAGGCGGCGUUCGUCUUCGUGCUGCUGCUCUUCAUCUUCCUGGCCCUGCUCAUCGUACGCUGUUUUCGCAUCCUGCUGGACCCGUACCGCAGCAUGCCCUCAUCCAACUGGACAGACCACACUGAGAAGGACACGUUUGAUUACCGCAUCGUCUGAGGAGUCCUGCGGGUGCACAAAUUGGAGAAAAGAAAUCAGAAAUAAAAAAAAAACUAAUUUGAUGCUAAAAUAAUAAUAAUAAAAAAGCUCUUAUGACCAGUGAUUCAUCAGGAAAACAACAGCUUUCAGGAAAUCUUCUGAAAGCUCAGACUGAGAAGAAUUUCGACAGCUUGUCGGCUAAUCAGAGUUCAACAGCUUCUCCCUGCCAAAUCAGAAUAUUCUCAACUAUAACACGACAACCAGAACUAUGCUAUGAAGAUUACCGAUCAAACCACAAACUACCAUGAAGUUCAAGUGAUGCACCAGAGCCACUUCCUCAUAACUCCCCCUCCCCCCGGCAUCAGUUCUUUUGUGGACUACCUCGUUUCUCCUCCAUCUCAUGUGUGGAAGACUUUUCUCACAUCUCACACAGGGUUCAACAUCAUUCAAGGGUCCAAGCCAGUUGGAUAAUAACAGUGUUUACAUCUUAUCAUGUUUACGUCGUUAGAUUUUUAUUGAUAAUGUAGACAAUCAGUGUUUAAAACAGCUAGUAAAAAUAAGACUUUGCAGAGUAAAUAGUCGAGGUUUGUAGAAGUCUUUGUUUUUUUUUUAGUGUAUUUCAUUUGUGGACAAACACGAAUAAGAGGUUCUGAAAGACUUUGUGUGACUGAUGUGAUAUGAGAGGAAUUUAAUGCCUUAUGUCUUCGUAAGAUAUUCUGUGGUGGCCAUUUCCUUCCACUCAGUUAGAUAAGACUUGUUUCAAGGCUUAGGCAAUCACAGAGAAGGAUUUAGUUGUGGAAAAAGUCCCUUUAAUGUCCUGGAGAGGUUGAGACAGAUAGAAGCCAGCAGUGAGUAACUGUAACUGUUCUGUGUGUGUGAUUUAAAAAAAACAAAAAACAAUUUGUCCUUUCAGUCUUGGAGGGAAGUGCGGUGUCCACGUCUUUAGAUGUCAGCAACCAAAAGAGGUAUUGAAGAAAAAUAGAAGUUUACUGUGCUGUACCGUGUGCCUAAUUUGAAAAAAAAAACAAAACUAAAGUUUAGAUUGAUGUUUUAGGAAAAAGCGAAAGAAAAUGGGUUUCAUGAUUUUUUGUCUUUAAAUGUUUUUGUUUUUUCGUGUGUGUGUGUGUGUGUGUGUUGUGCCCAUUUAAAGGAAUUUAAACAGCAUUUUACUGCCUGCAGUUGGUAUAUUGACAGUUGGUAUGCCAGAUCUGCAGAGUGUUGGUGUUGAAGAUGACGCAUUUUCACAUCGAACCCUUUAUGAACUGAUGUUGUGGCUCUUUCGUUGGGCAAAUUUUUCAACUGUGCGCCUUAUAGUGUAGAUUGUUUACAGUAUCGUAGGUAGCGGAGACACUGGGAAAUCAGCCAGUCACUGAUGCGACUGUGUCUUUGCACUUCACGGAGAUGUCAUACAACCUGUUUAAAAGAAGAAGAAAAAAAAACCCCUUCCCUGCUCUUGUUCCUGCCGGGACAGGAUGUGAACUCUGAUCCUUUCGACGACAUGUGAUGUUCUUGUGAUCUGCUGUGGCCUUUUCCUACCUAUCGCAGAUGUUUUGCGAUGUUGUGCUGAGGUGAUGUAUUCCUUUUAUUUUUUAUUUUUUCCGCAUGUAUUUCCUGCCGCUCUCCGUGCAUGAUAAAUGGUGAAGUGCUUUAAUCCUGAUGUUGUAGCUGUGGGUCAGUUGCUCAAGCAGCUAUUUCCUGUCUGUAUUGGAGCCUUUUUGUUCACGACCUGUUUUUUCGCCUGGAGCCGACGUUCUUUUUGUAAUAAAAAUGAUCAGAGUGAA